AUGCAACAGCUUAGAGAACUGAAAACAGUAAAUAAAGACAGGUUGAGUUACCUUUACAUCUCCGGAAAUCCUGGAAGUGGAAAGUCUCAACUAGCGGGUCUUGUGGCUGAACGAUUCUACAAAGAAAUUAAAGAUCUUCCAGAUGGUACCUCAUUUGUGAUGACGAUAAAUGGUGAAAGUCCAGAUACUGUGCUACAAUCGUAUGUGGCUUUUUCACGGCGUCUUAAGUGUCCCGAAUACGCGGUGACAUCCACUCUCCAUUCAGAGGAUUUGACAACAAAUGAGAAAAUCACCGAUCUUAGGGCAUUGAUCGGAACGAAAACUGGGCUUUAUACAUCAUGGCUGCUCGUAGUUGACAAUGUCACGAGUCUAUCACAUGUUCACGUCCAUCUACCCGAAGCCGAAAAUGAGAUCUCUCAGGCAAGUGCCGCCACUUAUGUCAGAGAAGUUCGAGAGACAUCUGAUUUUGGCUGGAAAGACUAUCUUGCAAAACUUGAAACAGGCCAAAGAAAUGCCAUGGAGACAUUUCUUGCCGAAGUCAACCCAAGCUAUGCAAAGUCCAUGACCACAGCAACAACACUGGCCGUAGAAACAGCUAUGGAAUCGAACAAAGUUAUGCAUCACGCAUUCAAUUUCCUGUCCCUGUGUGCACCACAACCAUUAAGUCUUAAUAUCAUUGAAGAUUUUAUCACAAGUGUGGAUAAAGAAAUUCAAGACAUAGAGAUGAUUCGUUUGAAGAUGCAAAGGUGCUCCCUGCUGAUGUUUGAAAUAGACGAAACUGACGUUUACAUUCGUGUGCAUCAGGUUGUACAUAAUUCCAUUAAGACUUUGGCUGCAGCUCAUUCGGAUGAUAAGCACAACGAGGUCGUCAGUGGAGUGAUUGGAUCAUUCAGUCGUUUUGUAAAAAAAUAUCUAUCAAGGGACAACGAUGAGUUCUAUGCUCCAAUAAACAGCAGACAUGUUACUCAUUUGAUAAAUUUAGCCCCAGAACUUGAGAGAUGUUUUUCUAAGAAGGUUAUUUCUCAAGUCGACCAAGGUGGCUUUUUGAUCAAGAACCAUGCGAUGGACCUCCAUAGAAUGAGUAUAUUUUGCUAUAUGCAUUGUGAAUACGAAACUUCAAGACGUUUCAUCGAUAUGGCAUUAGACUUAUCCAUUGUCAACGAGCACGACCCUGGCUUAGAUAUUGCAGCUAUCUACAGAGACGUGGGUGACGUGCACAAAAAGCUGGGUGACCUGAGUCAGGCAAAGGAUUAUCAUGAUCGUGCACUGGCCAUUCGUCUGAAAAAGCUUGGACCUGACCAUGUUGACGUUGCAACUUCUUACAAUAGCCUGGGUAUUGUACACGUAAAGCUGGGUGACCUGAGUCAGGCAAAGGAUUAUCAUGAUCGUGCACUGGCCAUUCUUCUGAAAAAGCUUGGACCUGACCAUGUUGACGUUGCAAAUUCUUACAAUAGCCUGGGUGUUGUACACGAAAAGCUGGGUGACCUGAGUCAGGCAAAGGAUUAUCAUGAUCGUGCACUGGCCAUUCGUCUGAAAAAGCUUGGACCUGACCAUGUUCACGUUGCAAAUUCUUACAGUUGCCUGGGUAUUGUACACAAAAAGCUGGGUGACCUGAGUCAGGCAAAGGAUUAUCAUGAUCGUGCACUGGCCAUUCGUCUGAAAAAGCUUGGACCUGACCAUGUUCAUGUUGCAAGUUCUUACAAUGGCCUUGGUAGUGUACACAGAAAGCUGGGUGACCUGAGUCAGGCAAAGGAUUAUUAUGAUCGUGCACUGGCCAUUCGUCUGAAAAAGCUUGGACCUGACCAUGUUGACGUUGCAACUUCUUACAAUAGCCUGGGUAUUGUACACGUAAAGCUGGGUGACCUGAGUCAGGCAAAGGAUUAUCAUGAUCGUGCACUGGCCAUUCGUCUGAAAAAGCUUGGACCUGACCAUGUUCACGUUGCAAAUUAUUACCAUAACCUGAGUAUUGUACACAAAAAGCUGGAUGACCUGAGUCAGCUUGGACCUGACAAUGUUGACGUUGCAACGCGUUGUUGCGUUUUAUAA